CAUUCCUAUGCACAGUAUGCAGUGACACCUCUGCAGCUAUUGUGCUCACAGGCGGCUCCGAUGCUGCUGUGCUGCUGACGGAAUGGCUGACUGAGUUUCCCGCCACUACAAACGUAAACGCAACUUUGUUUCACUAGUGUUGUUGCAGGGCUCUGCAAACUUAACAGUCAUUUUAUGAAACCAGAAUGAAGUUUCACCCGGUUUCGCGUGUGAGACGGUUUUCUGGUGUGACUCUGCAACGUGUUCUGAGCCCCUGAGGUCUUGGGAGUCGGGAGGGGUGAAAAAAUUGAGAAGACACAGCCGUCACUUUCUGCGGCAGUCAUCCUAAAGCUUCCGCUUCAGACAGACCCGCUGAGAUACUCUCUCAUCCCAAGGCUAUCUUCUCUAGGGGUGGUUUGCCAGAACAUUUUCUUUGGUGUAAGUUGAGCAAGGAGGAUCUGUCAUCAGGUGCCAAGUGAUAUGAGGGUUCGUGUGGAGAGACAGGCGCAUAUUGGCCUCAUGAGCUCCAUGGCCUCCGAGAAGACAUCCGCUGUGCUGGGAGUGAAGAGUCUCGGAAAGGAGACUUCGGCAAGUAAUGGAGAUGCUCUCAUAUCCAUGAACUACGGCUUGCCUGUGAGCGUAUCCCCUCAGGCUCUGGUCCAUUAUUCAUUCGGGACUUUGGAGGGGAACUUACUGGGGACAGAGGGCAGAAUACUGAAGUCUUUGGAUACUAGGUCUAAGAGUUUGGAUUGCUUAGAUGAGACCUACAGGUCCAAAAACUGCAGCUGUGGGGCUGCAAGGCACGGGGAAGAAGGGUUGUACAUUUGCCAGAUGUGUGGGUUUUGCGAUCCAGUGGAAAGCGAAGAAGGCUGCCCGGAGAAUAGCUUUCCUCCUAGAAGCUGGGGAACGGUGCCCCAGCAGAGGAAAGCAGAAGGGUUUUCUUCUGAUGUUACUUGCCUUGCUGAAGAACAGCCAACGUUGAGUGACUCGGAUGGUGAACUGUGCCAGAUGGAACUCGUAAUCAGCCAAAACACGGAGAGCCUGCCCUUCUGCGGGCUGGAUUUGAGGCGAAACAGUGUGCCAGUAUCCUCACCACAAGGGCCUCGAUGCACCAAUGGCUGCGGCACUGCCAUGUAUAACAAAUUGUGUGACAGAACGGACUUCGUAUGUGCCGUGUGCCAUAAAAAUGGCUUCUCUAGUCUGGAAAGGCUCAACAGGAAAACCAAACCCAUAUGCUCUCAGGGCAGAUGCCUUAAGAGGUCCACGCCCUUCAUGUUGUCUGUACCUGACUGUAGUGACAGCGAGGGCACUGUGUCUGACAGCGAGUUUGUGCGUAACAAGAAAGAGCGCUCUACUGUCCUUGUGAGGAGGUACCUCAAGAACAAUCAGAAGAUCAAAAAGACAGUGUGCACCGGCACCAGAGCUAUAGUGAGGACUCUACCCACCGGCUGCUUCUCUGACAGAAUCUGGGAGUCUGUUUGUGGGAAAACAUGCCAACUUGGCAAUGAGGCGAGAGGAUACAGCAGAGCGCUUCAGGCCAUCCAGCUGCAGGUUUCCAGGGCCCUUCUCACAUACCUAGGGGUCAGGUUUGCAGAGAUUGACCAUGUUGAUCCUACCCUGAGUCCUGAGGUCUAUCUCCUGCACCCGUCCAGAAAGCUGCUUGCCCAGGCUGUGUCAUGGCUGCAGGUCUCCCUGUUGCAAAUUAGAUUCAGGGCCUGCCUUCCUAGAACCAGCAUUGCAGCUCGUCUGAGCGGGGCCCUGCUGGAAGCCACAGCUGCUCUCGGGGCCCGAAGUUCUCUGCCUAGCUUCACUGUUGGCUCCACAGGUCGAGCGAUGCUGAAAGAACGGCAGCUGUGCAGCUCCAUGGGCAUCAGUAAGGAACUAGCCGAUCUGCGGCACCUCAUCCAGUUCCCUGAGGAAAUCGCCACCAUCCUGACAGAACAGGAGCAGCAGCUGUACCGCCGUGUCUUCCCACUUGACUACCUCAGCUUUCUCACCCGAGACCUGGGAAGCCCAGAGUGCCACAAACGCCACCCGCACCUGAAAGCCUCCAUGUCCGCCCCCAUCAUGACCACUCAGAAUGACCACCACAACACAGUAGAAGACCUUGUCACAAGAUUCAAUGAGGUGAGCUCAUGGGUGACCUGGCUUAUCCUGACUGCUGGGUCCAUGGAGGAGAAGAGAGAAGUCUUCUCAUACCUCGUCCAUGUGGCAAAGUGCUCCUGGAACAUGGGCAACUACAAUGCGGUCAUGGAAUUCUUGGCAGGUCUCAGGUCUCGCAAAGUGCUGAAGAUGUGGCAGUUCAUGGACCAGGCAGAUAUUGAGACCAUGCGUGGUCUGAAGGACGCCAUGGCCCAGCAUGAAUCAUCAUCUGAGUACAAGAAAGUGGUCAACCGUGCUCUCAACAUCCCAGGAUGCAAAGUGGUGCCCUUCUGUGGCGUGUUCCUUAAGGAACUUAGUGAGGCUUUGGAUGGUGCGGCCAGCAUUAUUGGACUCCGUCCAUCGUUUGAUUCUGAAGAAGAUCCUGUUGAGUUUGUCACCGACUACAAUGGCCAGCAGCACUUCCUGCAGAGGGUUGGGAGCGAUGGGCUCCACGGCUCAGACAAAGAGGCGACCGUCAGUAAUAUUCUGCAGACGAUUCGCAGCUGCAACCGAAGCCUGGAGGCUGAGGAGCCUGAGGAGAAGGCACAAGAGAUCACAGUUUGCCCCAAAAAUUCUUUCAAAGACAAGAGCAGAAGCCAGUUUUUAGUAGGAGACCUCUCAGACUCUGAAGGGGACCCACUUGAGUUGACUAAGGACAUAGACCUCCAGGCCACAGAAGAGGUGCGUGGACUUUUUAGCCACGGUACAGAGCUCAUCCCCUGGUACGUGCUCUCUCUUCAGCCGGAUAUCCACCAGUUCCUGCUCCAGGGAGCAACUGUUAUCCACUACGACCCCGAGACCCAUCUCACCUCCCGCUGCCUCCUCCAUCUACAGCCCGAUAACUGCUUCCUUACCUGGUCCAAGUCCCACAGUAGCUGUGGCACAGGUGGAAAAGCCAGAGGCUUCAUGGGACAUCCACCAUCCCCAGACCACUUACCUCUGGGCCAACCUGUGCACUGCGGACUGACCGAUGGACUCCUAGACCUUAACGUGGUGAAGGCCGUGUUUAUGGGUCACCCUGGAGUGGAUGUUAACUAUGUGUGCCUGCAGCACAAACUAUGUAACAUGAACCCUGGUGAAAAUGGUGUCACGCUGCUAUAUGGACUUCACACCACAGACAACAGGCUCCUGCACUUUGUGGCCCCCAAACACACGGCACAAAUGCUGCACGAGGGCCUCCAGGAGCUGCUCAAUGCCAUCAGGAAGAUCAGGAAGUUUCCUGAUCAGAGACUGCAAUGGCUGCGAAAGCAGUAUGUUAGUUUGUACCAGGAGGACGGUAGAUUUGAGGGGCCCACACUGGCCCAUGCUAUCGAGCUGUUUGGUGGGAGACGCUGGAAUAUGGGCGCUAGUGGCCCUGGAUCCGCCAGCAAGAGUGCAGAGAAGAACUCAGCCCAGAAAAACAGCUCGCUGGGCAUUAACUCCAACGUCAAGAAGAAGAAGAAGAAAGCCUUAGUCAGGGGAGACAGUGGUGAUGGAACAGAUGAUGAGAUGAUCUCACGCAAGACCAGGAGCUGUAAAGAGACUUUGGGGAGGAGAGAGUCAGACCCUUUGGAAAGUGUUGAGCAGGAAAACGCUGAGGACUGCAGUACCUUUGGCCACCCUGGACCCCUUUCCUUAUCCAACAGCAAAGGCCAGUCUCCUGGAUCCUCCUUAUCCUCCUCCUCAUCUUCCUCUGGCUCCUUUUACACAAACACCUCCACCCCUACACGCCCCCAUUCGUCCCCUGUUCUCCCCGGCAACUCCAAAAGUCAGCCAGGGGCCUGGAGCAGUCGAAGCUGGCAUGGUCGAGGGAAAGGCUGCUUUAGGGGCUUCCAGGACCUCAUGAUCUCCGACAGCAUCAUGAGCUUUGUUGAAUUUGUAGAGCUCUUCAAGUCUUUUAGCAUUCGCAGUCGUAAGGAUCUGAAGGAACUGUUCGACACCUACGCUGUGCCUUGUAGUCGCUCAGGUCCUGACUCUGUCCCACUCUACACCACACUGAGGAUUGAUGACAAACUAACAGGACUGCAACCGGAUCUUGAUCUCCUGACUCGCAACGGCUCUGACCUGGGCCUUUUUAUCCGCACAUGUCAGCAAAUGUCUGAUAACCAGAAGCAGAUUUCAGACGCCAUCGCAGCUGCUAGCAUCGUAACUAAUGGCACUGGAGUGGAGAACUCAUCGCUGGGUGUGCUGGGACUGACCAUCUCUCAACUCAAUGACUUCCUGGUCAACUGUCAGGGAGAACAUCUGAGCUAUGAUGAGAUCCUCAGCAUCAUACAGAAAUUUGAGCCUUCUUCGAACAUGCGUCAGAUGGGGUGGAUGUCCUUUGAAGGAUUUGCCAGGUUUCUAAUGGACAAGGACAACUUUGCCUCUAAAAACGAGGAGCCUCAAGUGAAUCUGGAUGAGCUCCAGUAUCCGCUCUCGUACUAUUACAUCGAGUCGUCUCAUAACACGUACCUCACGGGCCAUCAGCUGAAAGGAGAGUCUUCAGUGGAGCUCUACAGCCAGGUGUUGCUGCAGGGCUGUCGUAGCGUUGAGUUGGACUGCUGGGACGGGGAUGACGGCAUGCCUGUUAUUUACCAUGGACACACUCUUACUACUAAGAUUCCCUUCAAGGAUGUUGUCGAGGCCAUCAAUCGUUCAGCGUUUGUGAACUCAGAGAUGCCUGUGAUUCUGUCAAUCGAAAACCACUGCUCUUUACUACAGCAACGCAAAAUGGCUGAGAUUUUUAAGACGGUGUUUGGUGAGAAGCUGGUGACCAAGUUCCUGUUUGGGAGUGAUUUUGCGGAUGAGCCUUUGCUUCCGUCUCCCUUGCAGCUCCGAGGGAAGAUCCUACUGAAAAAUAAGAAGCUGAAAGCUCACCAGGCUCCAGUGGACAUUCUCAAACAAAAGGCGCAUCAGCUGGCUCACAUGCAGACCCAGGCCAACAACGGCACAGUCAGUGGAACAUCCCUGGGAAACAAUGACGAAGAAGAAGAGGAGGAAGAAGAGUAUGACUAUGAUUAUGAGUCAUUAUCUGAUGCUGAUGUCCUCAAUGCUUCCACAGCCUCUUAUGGCCAGGAAGACAAUAUUCUGGAUGACAAACCCGAAGGCAAGUCAUCCACUGAGAAACUUCAGUAUGAGUCCAAUGAUGAGAUGCCCAAGCGGUUCAAGAAAGCGGGAAGCAAAGGAAAGAUGUUUGACAUGGAACUAGGAGAGGAGUUCUACCUGCCCCAGAAUGAGAAGGAGAGCAGACAGAUCGCUCAAGAGCUCUCUGAUCUGGUCAUCUACUGUCAGGCUAUCAAAUUCCCAGGCCUCUCCACCCUCUCCCCAUCAGGCUCUGGAAGGGGAAAAGACAGAAAAAGCCGGAAAUCCAUCUUUGGCAGCGCUCCUGCUCGCGGAAGCCCCGGGGAGCCUGUGACGUUGGUCCGAGCUCCAGGGAAAGCCAGUCUGGAGGGCAUUCGGAUGAACUGGGAGGAACAAACAUCGUUGACACUGAGCCAGAGCACCUCUCUCAGCUCCAUCAUCCGCACACCCAGAUGCUACCAUAUCUCCUCUGUCAACGAGAACGCUGCAAAGCGUCUGUGUCGCCGCUACUCCCAGAAGCUCAUCCAGCACACCAGCUGCCAGCUGCUCCGCACGUACCCUGCAGCCACACGCAUCGACUCCGCCAACCCCAAUCCUCUCAUCUUCUGGCUGCACGGAAUCCAGCUGGUUGCCCUCAACUAUCAGACUGAUGGCUACAGACACCUGCAGUUGAGGAACCUGCACAAUGAGUGUCUGGAGAUCUCUAGUCUGUUCAUCUUCAGCCGUAGGACGGAGGAGAGUCCCACCGGAGGACCACUGCCUGUGUCUGUGCUGUUCAGCACGGAGGAAAGACGCGCCGCCCAGCAGCACAAAGUGACAAUGCAUGGAGUUCCAGGCCCUGAACCCUUCACCGUAAUGUGUGUUGAUGAAUACACCACGGCCAAGCAGCUCCUGGACUCUUUAUUUCCGACUACCUCCUUCAACUACUUCCUGAUGGAGGAGAAAAUGCCUCUGUGCAAGGAGAAGAGCGAGUCGAAGAGAGCCCUUCAGCAGCGCCCCCUAGCGAAUGAUGAACGGCUCCUGAGAGUUACUCACAGCUGGCAGCCGCAGGAAGGAUAUGUGGGCAGAAUAUACCUGAAAACCAAGGAGGAGGUAUAA